AGAAGGAUUUGGUCGACUCGAUUGCUUCGAUUCAAGUGAAGUUGAAAGGUGCGACCAGAGCCUGCUGGGUUCGCGAUUUCACGAUUCAAGUCUCCAAUACACAUUUUUUUCGGAAAAUUUUUCGGUUUCAUGAAGUGAGAGUGUGUGAUUUUUGACUUGAAAAAUAUUUUUUAGUGCACAAUGACUUUAUAAAUAUCAGUUAUUAUUUUCAAAUUUGGGGGUUUUCGACAGUUUUAUUAAAGAUGGAUCACUGGAAGGAUUUCCUUCUCUUCCUGCUCCUUGUUACAAAAUCUACUUCGGAAGAUUCCAGGCCAUGUAUAGAAAUUUCCAGAGAAUUGCGAUUCCCAUGUAGAUGUACGUUAGGACCCAUAGAGCAAGCUUUAGGUGGUAACCCCUCAAUUGAAGUUAACUGUGAUAGAGUAGUUUUUUCUAGCGAAGUAUCUUCUUUACCAUACGGCGCUCCCAUAGUAUCCUUCAGUCAAAGAUGGUCAGGUCACCAAUCACUACCGACCCAGGUAUUCACAACAACUGACCUUCCUUUAAGAAGCGUAGACCUAUCCGGAAACUCGUUGAGACGACUAACGGAAAGAAUGCUACAAGGACUCAAAUCUACGCUUGUCGAACUUAGACUAAGCGAUAAUCUUCUAGGUGAUACGUUGAAUCCGAUCUUUUCUAGUACAGAGUUUCGCGGAUUGAGUCAUCUUCAAAUUUUAGACUUAAGUGGAAACGGUAUUAAAGCCAUCGAGGAAGGAAUUUUGGAAGGAUGUGAUAGUUUACAAGAAUUUUAUCUUGGAAGAAAUAGUUUUAGUUCUGUUCCAAGUUAUUCUUUGAACGGCCCGCAGAAAAUGAGACUACUCUCUCUAGAAGAUAAUCGAAUAGAUGUGGUGAAAUCGGAAUCUUUUAAAUCGCAACCUUACCUCGAGCACAUCGAUCUUAGUAAGAAUUUAAUUUCGCAAAUAGAAAGUAACGCAAUAUCCCCGUUAGAGAGGUUAAAAUCUUUGAGGUUGGCCCACAAUAGACUUUCUAGGUUCAACAGCGAUGUUUUCCAGGGAGCAAGUAAUCUUAUGUUGUUGGAUUUAUCACAAAAUUAUAUUGUAGAAUUUCCCAAUAUAGCAUUAAAAGCCUUUUCGAAUCUUCGAUACCUAAAUUUAUCUUCGAAUUUAAUCCAGAACUUGGAUAACAGUCAUUUGGCAAAUCUGCAAGGCUUGUACCAACUGGAUCUAAGUAGAAACAAUUUAGCAAAUAUUGUACCAGGUACAUUCUUAGGUUUAAAACAGCUUAGGAAAUUGAACAUUGGAGUUAAUUCUUUACGAACGAUUGAAGAUGAUGCUUUCGAGGGACUAGAUAACUUGGAGUUCCUAAAUUUGAAAGACAAUAACAUUCUUCUAAUUCCUGCAUCUGCAUUAGGUCGCUUACCGAAACUGACAUCUUUACAAUUAGAUUAUAAUAGAGUAGCGGCUCUAUCAGCAGAUAUUCUACGAUCCGUAGCUGACAAAAUCACCACACUAAUUAUUUCAAAAAAUAUAGUCAGAGAAUUACCGUCGGCUUCGUUCCAAAAUUUCAACCAAUUGGAAAAUUUAGAUUUAUCGAGGAAUUUGUUAAGUUCGUUAAAUUCGGACGCGUUUUCUGGUUUGGAAAAUAUCUUAUUAAAUUUGGACCUAUCGCAGAAUCGUAUAACGAAUUUAGCCGGUACCGCUCUAACUUUAUCCAAGUUACAAAAAUUGGAUUUAAGCGAUAAUCACUUAACUGAUAUAUCGAGGAACUUCUUUACCUUAUUACCAUCUUUGAAAUACUUGAAUAUAAGCAGAAAUAUACAUUUAACGAAUAUUCCAGUAUCACUUUUACACAAACUGACCGAAUUAGAGGUGUUAGAUUUGAGUUACGCGGGCAUUAAAUCGCUUCCACCCGAAUUUCUUAUGAAAUCUAAAAGUCUUAAGGAAAUUUAUCUAACUCAUAAUAAUAUUUUAGAAUUACCAGAAGGUGCAUUCAGUAACAUGUCUAAUAUAUCAACUAUAGAUCUGUCUUUUAAUAACAUAACCAAUAUCAAACUAGGCUCGUUUGUAAAUAUAAUGAACAUAAAAAAAUUGUUCCUAAGAGGAAAUCAACUAACAUCAUUCAAAGGAGAAUUUUUCAACACAGGAAGCAGUUUAGAAAUAUUGGAUAUAUCGGAAAAUCAAUUGAGCUACCUUUUCCCUUCAUCAUUUAGAAUACAUCCGAGACUAAAAGAAAUAAGAGCCAACCGAAAUAAAUUCAAUUUUUUCCCAGCCGAGCUCAUAUCUCACCUCCAAUUUUUAGAAUACAUAGAUUUGUCUCAUAACCAACUGAAAACGAUAGAAGAGUUAGAUUUCGCAAAAUUGCCUCGUCUAAGAUAUUUAAUUUUAACAAAUAAUCAGUUAGAAUUAAUAAGCGAUAUGGCAUUCCACAACUCAACCCAAUUACAAAUACUCGAUCUCAGUUAUAAUAAAUUAGACAGAUUAGGCGAUAGAACUUUUGAAGGUUUAGUCCGAUUGGAAUUGUUGAAUCUCGAAGGAAAUUUAUUAGCGGAUCUACCGGAAACUAUCUUCGAACGAGUGAGACUACAAAUGCUGGAAAAUAUAAACUUGGCUAGAAACCAGUUCGAAAUCGCACCCUUAAAAUCAUUGCAACGACAAUACUUUUUCGUUAAUUCCGUAGAUUUAUCUCACAAUAAAUUACGAGAAAUACCAGCGGAUGAUAGUGUCAUGGUGAAUAUAAAAAAAUUAGACUUUUCUUUCAAUCCUCUAUCACCAAACGCCAUUACGAACAUUUUAAGCGAACCUAAAACCGUCAGAGAAAUUAAUUUGGCAGCAACUGGCAUAAACAGAAUUCCAAGGCUAGAAACGCCUUUUCUGAAAUAUUUGAAUUUAUCACAAAAUAACAUAUCAGUUUUUGAUGUCGAUAGUUUUGAACGAAUUACUUUGCUGGAAAGAUUAGAUUUGUCUAACAAUAACAUACAGGAUUUGUCAAAUUUCUCGCUUAUUUGGAAAUUACUACAUAAUCUACAAACCUUGGAUAUUUCACAAAACCCUCUUGUUUCCAUAUCCAAUAAUGAUUUUGAUGGGCUCAACAAACUCAGGUACUUGCGAUUGCAUUCUUUGAAUGAAUGUAGUAGAAUAGAAAAGAAUGCUUUUAAAGCGGUUCCAAACCUCUCCUCAUUAGACGCAUACUGGUAUCCGAAAUUAGGUUACUUAGAUAUACAAGGUUUGUUACAGAACAUGCCUCUUCUAGAAAGAUUGAAUAUAGAAACUAAAGAUUCGGCAAUAGGUAAAGACCAAUUACAAUCUUUGUUACAUCCGAGGCUUAAGGAAAUAGGAAUUAGAGGUUCGAGACUGCGGAGCAUUUCUUCUGGUACUUUAUCAGGUCUCAAAGGAUCUGAAAUAGUGAUUCGUUUGAUGAACACUUCAAUAACGACUCUUCCUCCAGCUUUGUUUUUUCCCGUACCCAGAUCAACGAAAAUUAUACUGGAUGUCACUGGCAGUCAGUUAACCACCAUCAACCCACAACUUUUAGCCACUUUUGAAGAUCGAAGAGGAGAUUUAAAAAUGAUUGGUCUAGAAACCAAUCCAAUUAUUUGCGAUUGUAGUUCCAGAGCUUUAAGAAGAUGGCUGCCAUUGCACAUGACUACUAUCAAAUGUUCUGCACCGCAACAUCUCAAAGGGAAGUUGUUGGUGGAAAUCGGGGAUGACGAACUGACUUGUGACCCGAGGAAAAUCACACCGUCGACUGCUUCACCUUCGACAUCUGUUUUUACAAAAGGCUCUAAAGUUCAUCCAAAACAGACGGAACCAGAUAUCAUAUGGUCAAUGCCUACAACAGAAAAAAUUAAACCAAAAAUAGCUCAAGCGGGUCAAACUCCAAUUACAAAUGAUGAUACAUUAAUUAUAGGUAUUGUGGGGGGAGUGGUGGCUUUCAUAGCCAUAUUAAUAAUAAUAAUAUGUAUUAUAAGACUAAGAAUGACUAGUAAUCAGUAUAGGGGAGGUCCGUUGGCUACUGCUAAUCCGAUGGUUGGUGUAGUAGGACCUGGAAGUAGCUGUGCGUGUAGCAUUAAAGGUGCUCCAUCAGUUUACGCGGUUCCACCGUAUGCAGCAGCAUAUUCUGCAACAUUGCCACAUAAAGUUACUGCAUCGGGACAAAUUCUAAGGCCAUCCAGUUAUUCUACCAUGGGAAGGAUGCCGUAUCAAACAAAUACACAACCGUAUUUUAUAGCUACGUAUCCUUCUGACGAAAAAAUAUAUCGGUAGCUUUAAGAUUAUGCGAUUAAAAGUGACGGUCGUCAAAUAAAUCUUUGAUUUUAUAAAUCGGCAAUCAAUAAUUCUGUUAAUGUUUCCUUGUACUCUAGAGGAUAGAAAUAUACAAACGAUUUAAUUAUUUUAAAAAGUCUAAAGAUGGAAUGAGUUUACUAGAAUCACACGAAUGAGCAGCACAUACUACAACAGUUCGUAGGGAAGCUUAGAAAUAUUAAAUUAUUUGUAGGCUUUCUAGGGCUGACUCAGUCAAUAUCAAUCGGAGCAACAGACAACUUCUGAAAAUACCAACCACAAAAGUUGACGAAACGUCAAGUAGUUAUAGUUAUUUUAAAAGACGAAUAGCCCAAGAAACAUUAAAGCGAAAGCUUUUUCUUUAUCAACAGCAUACAUACACACUCAUCAACACGUAUACUACAUAAUGUGGUAACUUAUCCACCACCUUUGUUCAUCGGUCAAAUUCCGAAUCAGUUUAGGGAGCGAUCGCAUUGUUGUUCAGAAAUUAAUCGAAUUAAUCAGGUCGGAGUCAUAUGAUAGGAUCCUUUCUACACUUGUAGACCGGUGGAUAAAUGUGACGGGUUGAUCUGUAUAUCUAUGGUUUGUUUUUUUUUAAUUAAAAAUUAUUUAUUUCCCUUAAAUGGCUGUCUACUGUUAAUUCUCAUGAGCAGCGUCAUAAGUUGCUUUCCAAUUUAUUAAGCACUUUGUGGGCUCGACGCUCAUGCGCUUGGCACACAAAAAUCAAUUACAACAAACUUCUCAACUUUUAUGUCAAGUGUCAAACUUGAAAACAUGUCACAAAUUAAUUGUUAAUUCGUUGCAGUGUCCCAAAUACAAGAUACAUGAUAAAUUAAAUAAAAAAUACGAAUACUAUGGAAACACUUCUUUCUUAUUAGGUAUAUAUCCUUUUUGAGCCCUUUUAUAUUUUUUUUUUUUCAUUAAGUAAAAAUGCAUAUUCUCAAUUGGUCUCUGAAUCCAAUAAUAUAAGAAAAUUUUGUUUUAAGCUAACACAUCUCCACACAUCCUUCAUUACUCAAGGCAAUAUCGUUAAAAACAUUAUCAAUUUGAAAAAGAUAGGUUGGAAUUCUCAAUAUCAUAUUAUCUAAAGUUUAAACUACCCCCAUAUCACUGGUAACGUUUAAACCGAAGUUUGUCGGUUAAUGCCAUCUAUAAAGCGUGAAAUUAGUCGAUCUGUGUUUUAAACUGACGUUUGAUGUUUAUACUUCACUUGUAAAAUUGCCUAUGAUGUUUUCAAUUUCUUAACAACAGCUUAUUGUCAUACCAAAAUCCUUAUGACAUAAGCUACAUGAU